UGUCUCCAAUUAGUUGAAGGAGGUAGCUUCCGGCCUCUGAAUCCAGUUCUUCUUUCCUUCACAAUAACACCUGAAUUACCGUUCAAUGGCUUCUUCAAAAACCCACCCUCCCAUGCCUGCAAAGAAGCCUGGGCCACCUCCUAUACCAUCAAGGUUAGAUCUUGGUGAGGCACCUGUGGAUUCUGUCAGCCCCAAUAAAGGGCCCGGAAAAGAUGACUUAUCAACCAAAGGAUCCCCAAAAAUUAAGGCAAAAGGGAGGCCAGAGAUAACCAUAGUAUCAGCAAGACCAAUGGAUUCCUCGGGAGUCAUACCACCUCCUUCCCACACCAAUCAGCCUGCAUCAGCAACUCAGAUUCCAACUAUCCCCCUAAAGCCAGGUCGAAGACCUAAGGGUAGGGAGCCCCCACCCAGACCCAAGUCCCGCCCUGUGAGUGAACUUAACUUGGGAACAGAUGAAAAGAACGAAGGGGCAAUUUCUGGGGAGGGAGCCAGCGUUCACGAACCUGCUGAGAAGGGCGGGGAGAGGGAGAGGUCGAAUGGAGUGGAGGUUCCGAAGAAGGGGCCUGUCUCAAGGAUCUCAGCACCAGUUGCUCCGGUGCGGAAGAUAUCAAAAGACGAAGCUGAGGAGAGUGAUAUCGUAGGACAAAAUUUAAAUCCUUUCCUUAAUGAUAACUUAGAAUCGAAUGGAGAAGUAGAACCUGACACAAUGAAAGAUCUUCCUGUAGGAAAGAAGCCCGUUCCAAAGCCCACAGUCAUCCGACCAAGACUGAAAGAAAAGGAAAAGAAUAAUUCAGACCCCAUCGUGGAAGAUGAUGAGCAAAAUGGCGUCUGCAGUGUAAUAACGGUUCAUGAUGGAGCUACAGGAAAGAAAAGCAAACCUACAGUCAUCGUCCCUGCUAAACCAGCCAAGAAAAAAGCAGAUGACACAGAGGGUUUGAAGGGGAAGCAAGACAAAAAAGAGGAAUUUGGUGAAAAACCAAAACCUGACAAUAGUGACGGAAGGAAACCACCUCCUCCUGCUAAAAAACCAAAGCCGCCUGUUAAACCGAAACCUUACAGUUCUUCAGAAACGCCCAGUAAACCGUCGACGGAAGAAGCCCCAAAAGAGAUUACCGCUGCCCCCAAACCUAAAAGUAGGCCCACGGUGAUAGUUGCGGCCAGGCCUCCCAAGAAGAGUGAAGCAGUGAAGCCUGGUGAGGAAUCUUCCGCAAAUAAGGAUCAAGAGGAUAAACCUCCUCUGAAAUCACCCAAUACAAAUGAGUCUACUCAGAGCAUGCAGGAGGCAAAAACCAAAGAGACAGCGGUUGAUUCACCAGCUGUGAAACCAAGGCGUGUUCCUACUGUUAUUACAGCAUCCCGCCCUGAUUCACCAAGCUCUCAUGCCGAGCGUAAACCUCCCAAAAGGCCAAAGAGAGGACCGAGUAUCAAGGCAGCACCACGACGACCAAUUAGUGCUCCAAGUGAGGAGAACCAAAAUUUCGGUGCCCUUUCAACCGACAGUCAAGACGAGCUAAACACGCGAGUUUCCCAGCAGGACGCGGAAACACUGCAACAGAAAUCACCAAAACCUAGAAGACCCGUGAGUUUGCCUGGAGUCAAAGGCAGAGAAGCGUUAACAACUGCAGAGAAGGCGAGUGAUGCUAGUUCUCCACCAGAAGAGACGAGUAAUCAGACAAGGAAGAAUUCGAAGAAGAGACCUCCCCCGCCGAGACCACCUGCAGUGGAUAAUGCUGGUAAGCCUGUGGUACAUUCUGAACCCCAAGAUUCGAGCGACAAGUCCAAAGGGAGAGGAAAACCCCCUCCGCCCAGACCUCUCGCGGUGGGACAUGCCGGUAACAAAAUCGACUCGGCCGAAUCAGCAAUCACCGAUGUGCAUGACUCAAGCGAGAAGUCAAAAAGAAGCAAACCACCGCCCAGACCUCCCGCGGCGAGUCACGCCGGUGAUGGACCGGCCUCGACUCCAGAGGAAGACAAGACCGUCAUACAAGACUUUGAUGAUAAAAAGUCAAAAAAGAAAAACAGACCUCCGAGGCCGUCCUUCAAGGUGAUUGACACUAAACAGUCACGUGGGGGUAAAGAGGAAGGUCACGCAGACGAGAAACGCAAACCAGCUAAACCUGUUCCUGUCGCUCCACUUGAAACCAAUCUCACGAAAACGAAUGUGACUGAGACACGAACGGUGGCCGAGUCGUCAGCUGACAAUCACGUGAAAGACAUGUCACAGGCGCGUAAUUCUGAACGAAGAGGAGAUGGAUCUGCCACUGAAGACCACGAAGAAGAGAGAAAUGAACAGGCGUCUUCGAAAACCAAAGCGAAACCAGCGAGACCUCCAUCUUCUUCAGUCUCGACAAAGAGCAAACCACCUCGACCAUCAACAUCUGGCGAAAAGGAAGAAGCUAAAGAAGAGCACUCUACGACCACAGUGUCAUCUGUGAGUAAGACAUACAUUGAACCUUCCGCCAUUGCUUUGUACGGCUAUGAACCUACUGCAGCGGAUGACCUAUCAUUUAAUGCAGGCGAUGAAAUUGUUCUUGUGCAAAAGAUGGACGAUGAUUGGUACGUAGGCCGGCUUGGAGAUAAACAAGGGAUGUUUCCAGUGAAGUUUGUGGAAAUAAUUGAGGAUCUCCCGCAAGAAACGGAAUUACAAAGUCCGCCAGCUACACCGCCAGAGAGCUCCCCAUUCAACGUGAUGUCAUUGUAUGAUUUUCAUGGAAACCUGGAGGAUGGCGAAAUAGACUUCACUGCGGGUGAAAUUAUUCACGUGGUCGCCAAGAUCAACGACGAUUGGUUAAGGGGCGAACUCCGUGAGCAGUCCGGGGCCUUUCCAUGUAACUUCGUUGAUAUAAGUACAGAUGUAAUCAAGAAGUUGCCUCAGUAUGAGGAAAAGGAGACCAUAUCCAAAGGUAAUGAAGGAGAAUCUUCGGACCCGAGUUCAAAUUUGUUCUGCGAGGCGUUGUAUGAUUAUCAUAGCGACGUCUCGCAAGAUCUAAGCUUCAAUGCCGGAGAUGUCAUCAGAAUUAACAAGAGAGUAGGCAAGGAUUGGAUUGAAGGCGAACUUCAAGGAAAAAUGGGUAUGUUUCCGGCAGCCUAUGUAGAAAUUCUUCACGACGUGCCAGAACAAAAGAAGCAACCAGAGGAGAAAGAGCAUCACAAUGUUGAAUAUGGUAUAGCACUGUAUGAUUUCACCGACUCAGCAGCCGACGAACUGACGUUCCAUAAAGGAGACAAAAUAGAAAUCACCGAAAGAAUUAACGAUGAAUGGCUGAGAGGAAAACACAAAGGACAGGAAGGAAUGUUUCCGCGGGCUUUUGUGCAACUUUCAAAAGAGGAAUCAGAGACAGAAUUUCCACCUGUCGAAAGAGAAAUGCAACCAACGCCAAAAGCCAAGGCGCUGUUUGAUUUUAAUGGCGAGUUUGGAGAUGAGCUGUGUUUUAAAACUGGUGACGUAAUUGUACUCCUGGAGCGCGUAAAUGACGAGUGGCUUCAAGGGGAACUGGAAAAGAAAGUCGGUCGAUUUCCAGCAGCAUUUGUUGAAAUCCUGACACCACUACCUUAAGAUUUCUCUCUGGUGGAAUCUACCUAAUGCAGAAAAAAGACAAAAACAAAAGAGGAAAAACAAUGGAAUAAAACCGCAAAAACAGUUGUCUCUAUUUGAUAUUUUAGGAGGGGGAGAAAGAAACCAUUUUCAGACAUAAAUGUGGUGGCCGUGCACAUUUCGCGAGGCUGGAAAAUUUAACUUGAGCGAGUGAA